AUGCUGCUGCCGCUCCCGCCCCACCCGGUGUUGGACCUUCUUGUAGACCUGAGUAAAGAGGACCAGCGAAUCUACAUGAUGCUGCACAGACCCUGCACGGCUUCCCGCCUGCCUCAGCUCUCGUGGAAGUCUCUUCACCAGAACGCCGCGUAUUCAGCCGCCUGCCUGCGCCCAGUCGGCCCUACAGAUGCAUACGAACUGCUCCAGACGCUCCAGCAGUUCUUGCAGCCGGCCAGCAACGCGACAGCUACAGCGGAAGGCUUCGCAGCGAUGGUCGAGUCCAUCCAGGUGAGCUUCUCGGGCCUCUACGUCGGGGGCAUCUGCUGGGCCGUGUUCGGGGUGCUGGCGUGGGCCGUGGCCCAGACGUUCUUCGUCAAGGAGUCGCCCAAGUGCACCAGGAAGGAAAGCAAGGAGCUUGCGACCUUGGUCGUCGUGGCCUCGACCAUUUGCAUGGGGUGUUUCUGGGCGUUCGUCUACAUGCACCAGAUGAACCCGCUGAUAUACCCCUCGCACACCGCCCGGUGA